GUCUCCUGAUAAAGAUAGAAGAAGACACUCGCGAUCAAGAAGCCGUUCAAGAUCUCAUUCACCGAGAAGGAAAUCAUCAUCAAGACGUAAGGAGAGAGUGAGGGAUUAUUCCUACAGUCCUAGUCCAGAGAGGAGGAGGAGUAGUAAGAAAUCUAAAAAGGACAAGAAGCACAAAAGAAGGUCUCCCUCUGUCUCUCCCUCAGUCUCUCCUCCUCCAUGUAAAAGAGGUGGUUCUGAUAAAGGUGAAGGAGAGGAGGAGGAGAUGGAGGAAGAGGAAGAGUUCUCUGAUGGAAGUGCUCCUUCUGAGGAGGAGAGGCAAUCAAGUCCUUCAGCAUCAGAAUAG